CGAAAAUAGUGGUUAGCUGCCUAGAAAAUUAUUGGAAUCAUUUUUUUGCACAUUGUUGUAAUAAAAUACCUACAUCAACAUCUAGAAGUACAACUACUGGAUCCUUCAUUGUGCAACAUAUCACGUCUCGCUUGGCAACGUUUAUCCGGCAAACUCGCCGAAGAUCGUCGAAAUUUUUUUUGAUGUGGAGCGCCAAAAGCGCUGCAGCCACGUUUACCCUGAAGAAAAUUAGAACCGCAACGAUUUCUCCCGCUACAAGAAGAAAAUUUUCCACAACUGCUACUGCGAGUGCGAAAAGUCACUCCAAGUUCGUUCUCGCCAGCGGCAGAUUUUCUUCGUCAGCGUUGACAUUCACAUUUUCAACAUCUUCUCACUCACAUCAACGACGGGAAGUCACUACAACAGCGACCUUGAACUACUACCUUAGGAGUGUACGGAACACUAUUUCCUCGACCUAUGCAGCUUCUGUAGCAGCCGCAACAAAUACAGGGAAAACAUCCUCAUCAACUACCUCAGAAGAUAUCAAUACCAGCGAGAACAAUUACCGCAGCUCUUCCAACUACAACUUCAUCCAUUUUCCUAUGGCAAACAAGGAGACCUUAGACCAGAUGGGUCAGGCGCAAGACAAAACCACCACCGCGGAUCAGGCUGUUGCGAAGCACUUGCUGCAGGAGAGUAACACCAAUUCUCCUUCCGCACCAGCUACCACCGCCGGAACAAGCACGAAGUUUUCCCCUUCUGCCCGGACAAAUAACAUUGUCGACGUGGAUUCCAACGCGGUUUUGGUCCCACAAACAACGUCGCCCUCGAACAGAAUGGUGGCCCGUGGAGGAUGCUGCGGCGCCCCGCUCGUGGUGGAAAAAAAUGACAAUUUCAAGUGGCACGUGCCGGCGGUCUACGAGAAGAUUGUCGGCGCGAACCCGGAAACCUUCCCCCUGGGCUAUUCCGGACUGCGCAUGACAAACUCUCUAACAGACGAGGUCGAGCCGUUCCUGCCGCACGAGGGACGGAGAGUCAACUGGUACGUGUGCGGUCCCACGGUCUACGACCACGCACACUUGGGGCACGCGAGGGCGUACUUGACCUUUGACAUCAUGCGCCGAGUGAUGGAGGAUUACUUCGGGUACGAAGUCCUGUACCAGUUGAACAUUACCGACAUCGUAUCCUGAGUAAAAACGUCCCCACACCAGAGUCAGGAUGGGGAUUUUGCAACACAAACCUAGGAGUUUUGGGAGUCACGCAUGACAAGUUGCACUCCGCAGUGUAGUGCAGGUUAGCAACUGCAGUCGCAUCACAGAUUCAUCUGCUCAUCCUGUUCACAGCAUCACAAAUUCCAAUACACGAUUAGAAAUGCCUUUCAUGGGGAUGCGCAUGACAAGUCUUCCUGUCUUUGCAAAUCUGCAUUACAACUCUGGUGUGGGACGUUUUUACUCAGGAUACAUCGACGACAAGAUUAUCCUCCGCGCCCGGAAGAACGAGCUGCUGGCGGAGUAUUUGAAGAAGCAGAGAGAGGGGAAAUUCUUAGCGGCGAACGGCGCGACUUUUGUCCAGGACGUGGAAAAGAUUUUAUCGGAGAAGAAUGACGACUACUUUCGGACGAAGAAGGAAAAGCUAGUCGCGGAAAUCCAGCAGCAGAUCGAGACCGCGGUCGCGAAAGGGUGGAAGCCGCCGAGCGAGGAGGAACAGCAGGAAAAGUUGGAAAAGUUCAAGCUGAAGCAGAAAACUUUCCUCGAAACCGCGGAGAAAACGCGAGUGGCGUUGGAGAAAAAGGACUUCGAGGCCGCGGCGUCGGUGCUCGGCGACGAGCUGAAGGACUGGCUCGACGAGACCGUGGGAAGCGCUGUCACCGACAACAUGGUCUUUCAGCGCCACGCGAGGAAAUUCGAAGCCAGCUUCUGGGACGACAUGGCCGCCCUGGGGGUGCGGCCGCCGGACGCAAUCACGCGCGUCACCGAGUAUGUGGAUCAGGUAUGGCUUAGUACUUUUGUUUGGAAGGUCGUGCUGGGAGACGGAGACGAGAUGAUUGCAGACGUUUAGAUUGAUAGCAUGAUUUUUCUUGGGAGGUACUAGUAGUUCUGUCUGAAUCCUCACAAUCAAUGGCUUCUCGUGUAGUUUAUUCGCUGUGAAGUAGGAGUAGAUGUGCUGGCACGACGAGGAGGACAGGUUUAUUUCAAUGGUUUCAGAAAAACAAAAAUCUGAUCAACCUCGUGUCUCCUCCAACUAUACUUUGCAGAUUGUGGAGUUCAUCAAGACAAUGGUCGCUUCCGGGGGCGCGUACGAGAGCAACGGCUCCGUCUACUUUGACACGAAACAGUUCGAGAAGAACGACCACGACUACCCGAAACUCGGGCCCAAGGGCAACAAGGACAAAAUCGACGACGAAGCGAUGCAGGAGGGCGAGGGCGCGCUGGGCGUGAAGUUGGCGGUCGAGAAGAAGGAUCCGCGAGACUUCGCUCUGUGGAAAAAAUCCAAGGACGGCGAGCCGCGGUGGGAGUCUCCCUGGGGCCUCGGGCGGCCCGGGUGGCACAUCGAGUGCUCCGUCAUGGCGUCCGAUUUGAUGGGGGACCGGCUGGACAUACACGGCGGGGGGCAGGAUUUGAAGUUCCCCCACCACGCCAACGAGAUGGCGCAGUCCGAGUGCUACCACGGCACGCAGCAGUGGUGCAACUACUGGACGCACGCGGGCACGCUGAACAUCGAGGGGCUGAAGAUGUCGAAGAGUCUGAAGAACUUUUUUUCUAUCAAGGAAAUUCUGGAGAAAACCACCGCGACGCAGCUCCGCAUCGCGUUUCUGCAGCAGCGGUGGGACCGGAAAAUGAACUACAGCAGCGACCAGAUGCUGACGGCCCAGGAGUUUGACAACCGCAUCCGGUCGUUCAUGGGCACCGUGAAGCAAAAGAUCCGGAACGCCGGCUGCCCGUCGGCCACCGAGCAGGUUUGGAGCGACGAGGAAAAGCAAUUGUCCAAGAUGAUCCAGACUUCCCACGCCGAGAUCCACGAGGCGCUUUUGGACAACUUCAACUACCCGAAGGUGCUGCAGAUUUUGAGUGAAAUGAUCAAAAAGUGCAACGUGUACAUGAGUUCGAUGGAGACGCAGCAAAGGUCUCCGCGGGUUUUGAUCCUGCGCAAGGCCGCCGCGUUGGUCACAAAAUACAUGAAGCUGUUCGGCGUCUUCGCCGGGUCCGACGAGCUGGGCGAGAACGACGCGAGUAGUGGAGCCGGUGCGGUCAGUAAGGAGGAACUGGUCGCGCCCUUCGUGGACGCGCUGGUUAGCUUCCGCGACGAGGUGAAGCAGCAGGCGAUGAGUGCGAAACAGAAGCAAACGCUGGACCUCUGCGACGACCUGCGCGACAAAACCUUGGUGAAGCUCGGUGUGGAAUUGCAGGACGGAAAGAGUAUGGCGGCCGGCGCCACCGGAUCGCAAGGGAAGUGGACUUUGCGGGAUCCAAAUGCGCUGAUGCGGGAGCGGGCGCAGGAGCAGGAGAAAAAGUUGCUGGUGGAGUUGAAGUCGCUGGAAACGAAGAUCGGAUCGAAGAAGAAGGAGCUGGAAAGGAGCAAAGACGCCUUGCAAUAUGCGACGAAGGAAGCGUGGCUGCUGGCCCGGGAGUAUCCUGAGUAAAAACGUACCCACACCAGAGUCAGGAUGGGGAUUUUGCAACACAAACCUAGGAGUUUUGUGAGUCACGCAUGACAAGUUUCAGUCCGUAAGGUAGUGCAAGUUAGCAAGGAACGCCGCAUCACAAAUCGAUCUGCUGAUCCUGUUUACAGCAUUACAAUUUCCCAAACACGAUUGAAAAUGCCUGUCGUGGGGUUGCGCAUCACAAAUGUUCCUGUCAUGGCAAAGUCGCAUGACAACUCUGGUGUGGGGACGUUUUUACUCAGGAUAGGGAGGACAUGACGUUUACGAAGGAGCGGGACGAAGAAGGGUUGCCGGUUGCAAUAUUGAAAGGAAAAACUCCCCCUCCCCAUAUCAAAAAGGCAUGUUUCCGAAAAUUUGCGUUGCUGAUUUGAGGUCACAAAUGACAUCUGUCUUGCAAGGAGGCAAGGGCAGAAGCUUCGCCCCCAUUAUGGAAGCGAUUUGUCAUGCUGUUGGGCCUAAAGGCGAGGCAUUUGCCAUGCUGACCAACUAGACCGAUACGCCCCUACCUAGCCUGGGGAUCUGGUCGCAAUGCCUUCCUGCAAUACAACGCUGAUUUGUGUACACAAAUCCAGCAACAGAAAUUUCCGCUUCGAUAUGGGGAGGGGGGAUUUUUCCUUUCGAUAUGCAAGUGUGAAUGUCGACACGAAGGAAGAGACCCCUCUGGCGAAGGGAACUUUGAAAAAGCUGAAACAGAAUGUGACCAAGUACCUGGAGAACCGGGCGAAGGAGUUGAAGAAGUUAAACGUCGCUGCAGACGCUUCCCCCGAGGCGGUCGCGACAGCCGUGGAGGAGAUGGGGAAAGCGGCAGAGGAGGAGAUCAAAACGCUAGUGGAGAAAAAGGAACUGAAAACGAAGGAACUCGACGAAAUUCUGGAGGCGAAAGAGGACUGAAGGUAGUCGUCGUGAAGAAGGGUGCUAGUGGUAGCGGUCGUCGACCACGCGCUGCUGGAACUAACCGUCAAGGGCUUUUGUGGUCACAUGUGCCAUUAUUUUGUGGUGAUGCAAACUUCUACACCGGUGCCUUGAGAAAAAUAUUUUUUCAACUCCGUCAACUAGUAAAACUCUCAUUAGGUUGCGCACCGCUGGAAGAUUCUUCCAAAUGCUGGAUUUGUUUGAGUGGUUGGAUAAGAGUGGUUGGAUGUGGAUCUUGGUGCAAAUAUGGAACGACUUUCAGAUUCACAUGGAUGGAAAAAAAGCGUGGAGUGGCGUACGUGCCAUGUCGAC